GAAAACCUAUUUAAAAAGGAAAGGGAUGAGUCCAGCGCUCCUGACUCCGUAACCCCCCAUCCAAAAAGAACCCCAGCUUUUCUCUCCGGCUGCGCGUCCCUCAAUCUGGAUCGGCAUAAAUGAAUGAAACACAGGGGAAUAUCGACAGACAACCGCACAGGAAAACUCUCUGUCAAACCAUCCUGCCAGAAGGAAUUUAUGUCGGGCUUGACAGGCAAAUCAUCAUGAGAGUUUUUUCUCCUCUGGAACUUUUUCACCUUAAACUUCACAAAUGAGCACAACGGCCACCGGUGUCUUCUGCCCCCUUGCAAAGGAGUCACGCUGUGAUUAACGGAUCAGGUUUUUGACUGCCAGGACAAAUGAAUACAAAUGAAUUUAGGCACCCGAAGGAGAGAUUGCAGAACCUCUCAUCUAGACACAAAGAGAGCCCUAUUGCUCUGUACCGUUUUAUAUUGUACUUGUUACCUGGGACUUACACAAGUACACUCUGAAGAUGUGGACAUCCUCCAAAAGUUGGGGCUUAAGGGAGAGAAGCUGUCGCGCACGGUGCCAGCAGGCAUCAUUCCUUUCAGAUCGGGGAUCAUCCUCAACCAGCGAGCUCACAUCGAGGCUCCACUGCGCUCAGUCUUCCCAGCGGCCAUCUGGCCCAAUCUGGCACUGGUCCUGAGUGUGCGCUCACACCGCGUUAACAGUGCCUUCCUCUUCACCCUGCUCUCAGGUCGAAAGAAGCUUCUUCUUGGUCUGCAACUUGUGCCAGGAAAAUUGGUCCUUCAUACUGGACCAAACACCUCUGUGGCACUGCCUUAUGAUCCCCAUGAUGGCCAGUGGCACCAGCUGGCAGUGGGAAUUAAUGGACAGAGAGUGACUCUAUAUGCCUCCUGCGGAGAGCAGAGUGUUCAUGCAGACUUUGGGUGGGACAGUGAGGAGGGACUGGCUCCAGAGCUCCAGGGCUCCUUUCUGCUGGGGCGGACAAGCCAGCAGCAGGCCUCAGCACACUUUGAAGGAGCCAUCUGCCAGUUUGACCUGGUCCCUUCUGCACAGGCAGCUCACAACUACUGCAGGUACAUUAAGAAACAGUGCAGGGAAGCAGACACAUUCAGGCCUAACCUCUCUCCUUUGCUGCCUAUCCUACCACGAGAUACAAACAUCACAGCUACCGCUGCUACCCCUAAACGCGGUGGCCUGGAAACAUCUAGGAAGCCUAAGGGGCUGAGCCUGGCCAGGAGUGUUGCCGCUGCUGCCUCUGCUGUUAGAUAUGUGCCCCCCACCCAAACAAUUAAACCCAUUCCUACACCCCUGUUUGGAACUGUGAUGCCAGUCACAGUCCAGCCUAGACUGGUUUCACCACCACCCAAGGCCAGGACUGAAACUGUCACAGUACCACUCAGGACAAGACCACCACCUACAAAAGCCCCAACCCCAAGACCUUCUACAUCUAAGGCUUCAAAUAAAACCUCUAAACCCAGCCCCCCAAAGCCCACUGUUCAAAGUAGCCCCAAAAAGUCUAUAGCAUCAGACAACAAGAAAAAACCUACUGUUCCAACUAUUGCCAGCACCAAACCUCCCAAGACAAAGUCUGAUUCUGCCCUAUCAGACCAAGGUACAGUCCCAAAGAAACCACAACCCACCACCACAAAGAAGACUCCUGCCAAGCCAAAAGUUACAACAUCAAAAGCCACUCCGUUCAAACCCACAAUACCCAAAGUAAAUUCCGCCAAACCUGCACCUUCAAAACCAACAUUAUCCAAAGUCAGUCCAUCAAAAUCAACAUUUUCUAAAACUGCCAACGCUAAAACUGUAAAGCCAGUUUCCAAACAGGUCACCAAGCCAACAAAACCAACCAAAACCAAGGCCCCAGUCACCCCAAGACCUACCAAACCUUCAUACAACCCAGUAACACCACCUGCCACUGAUGGCUACCAAAGCUGGGAUGUGGCACCGACUCAGUUCUCCCUGCUGGCUGGACCCCAAGGACAGAAAGGAGACCAAGGCCUAAGGGGACUGCCAGGACCUCCAGGGAAGGCAGGGCUGCCAGGCAAAAGGGGUCCACGGGGCGCCCCCGGUCCCCAUGGAAACCCUGGCCGACCUGGUCCACCCGGGCUCAAGGGGAGAAAAGGAGACCCAGGCAUCUCACCUGGACCAGCACCUAAAGGAGAGAAGGGAGACUCAGGGAUUAUUGGCCCAGUUGGACUAACUGGCCAGACUGGUCGAAAGGGACAGAAAGGAUACCCUGGUCCACCUGGACUCCCUGGAGAGCCUGGAGAACAAGGUCCAGACGGAAGCCCAGGUGCCAAAGGUUAUCCUGGCAGGCAGGGUUUACCAGGGCCUAUAGGACCAAUAGGGCCUAAAGGCGUUCGGGGUUUCAUUGGAAUCCCAGGGCUUUUUGGCCUGCCUGGGCCUGAUGGCGAAAGAGGCAUUCCCGGUGAACCAGGGAAGAGGGGCAAGAUGGGUAGGCCGGGGUUUCCAGGGGACUUUGGGGAGAGAGGACCACCUGGUCCAGAUGGAGAGCCAGGUGAGAUGGGAGCCCCCGGUCCAAAUGGAGUUCAUGGACUUAUUGGUGAUAUGGGACCUGUGGGAGAGAUGGGCAUUCCAGGACCUAACGGACUGAAGGGGGUGCCAGGGAACCCAGGAGAACCAGGACUGAAAGGUGAUAAGGGUGAUAUUGGGAUUCCCGGCGAGCAAGGGGAGCUCGGCUACAAAGGAGACAAGGGCAUCCAGGGAGCUCCAGGGUUACCAGGCAUCCGCGGGAAACCAGGACCACAGGGCAAGAUCGGAGAGAGGGGCCCUGAUGGUGCACCUGGACCGCCAGGCCCUGAGGGUUUUCCUGGUGACAUGGGACCACCAGGAGAGAACGGCCUCGAAGGUCCAAAGGGAAAACUAGGGGCUCGAGGUUUACCAGGGCCAAGAGGAGUACCAGGCUUGGAGGGAGACGAGGGCCCGAUCGGACCAGCAGGCCCAACAGGACUUGAGGGUAGAAUGGGCAGAAAAGGAUUUCCUGGGAAGGUCGGACCAGAGGGAGUGAAGGGAGAAUCUGGCAUCCCAGGAAAAGUAGGACCUAUGGGAGAAAGAGGCUUGGUGGGUUUCAUCGGACCUGUGGGAGAAGGAGGACUGGCAGGAGAGAAGGGGGAUCGAGGGGAGAUGGGCCUUCCCGGACCACCUGGAGAAAAGGGAUCAGCGGGUCACCCAGGGACACCAGGUGAGACCGGGCCUCCAGGACCACCAGGAAGACCAGGCCCCCCUGGAAGUGCUGGACCAGUUGGUACCAGAGGACCCAAAGGCUUACGGGGUGCAAUAGGGCCUGAUGGUCCAACAGGAGAGAUGGGCUUAGAAGGCAAGAAGGGUCCUGAUGGUCCUCCAGGAAAAAUAGGUUUCCCUGGACCACAGGGGAAGAUUGGAGAGGCAGGGGAAACUGGGCCUAAAGGUUUUCCUGGUAUCCAAGGGCCUUCAGGAUCUCCAGGGGACAAGGGAAUAGCAGGCGAGCCGGGGCCACCUGGGCCACCAGGGGUUGUGGGACUUUUAGGAGAAAUUGGACAGAAGGGUCCUCCAGGAAAGGUGGGUGAACCAGGGCUGCCAGGCGAACCAGGGGAGAAGGGAGCUAUUGGACCUGUUGGGAACAUCGGGGAACAGGGUCUGAUAGGACCGCGGGGAGAGCCCGGCCUAGAGGGAGAAGCUGGUCCAGCUGGUCCUGAUGGAACCAAGGGUGAAAAAGGUGACAUGGGUCAGGAGGGUGACACAGGAGAAAAAGGUGAAAUUGGGCUAAAGGGAAAAGAGGGCCCACUUGGAAGUCCCGGACUCACUGGUGUCAGGGGUCCAGAAGGGAAGCCUGGCAAAAUUGGGGAAAGAGGCAAACUAGGUUCAAAGGGGGCUAAAGGUCACCAAGGGCAUCUGGGGGAGACUGGACCGGUGGGGAAAAUAGGGCCACCAGGUUUUAUUGGGCCGAAGGGAUCCAGAGGAACAAUUGGACAUGUGGGAGCUCCUGGUCGAAUGGGUCAGCAGGGAGAACCAGGUCUCGCUGGCUAUGAGGGCCAUCAGGGAUCACAGGGCCCCAUGGGGCCUCCAGGACCAAAAGGUGAAAAGGGUGAGCAUGGGGAUGAUAGCAAAAUAGAGGGUCCCUCUGGUCCACCAGGUGACAUUGGCACGCCAGGUGACAGAGGAGAACGAGGUGAAUCAGGAGACCCAGGCUACAAAGGUCAAGUUGGGUUGGAUGGAGAGAGAGGCAGACCUGGAGCUCCUGGACUACCUGGACAGCCUGGGCCUCGGGGACUACAAGGACCUAAAGGAGCCAAAGGAGAUCAAGGUCAAAAAGGCAAAAAAGGUCAGGCAGGACAAAAAGGAUCCAGAGGACAAGAGGGCGUCGGUGGUCCAUCUGGUCUGAAAGGAGUUGUGGGUCGAGAGGGGCAGGAAGGUGUACCCGGAGCUGAUGGGGUCCAAGGAAAGGAUGGCAGUAAAGGCAUGCCGGGAGAGCAUGGCGAUGAUGGGGAGUUUGGUCUUCCUGGCAAAAGUGGCGCACGUGGAAAACCUGGUGUUUCAGGACUUCCAGGUGAUCAAGGUGUUAUCGGGCCAAAGGGUGAACGGGGGCUUCGAGGCCAGAGCGGACCACCUGGAAAGAAAGGCUUCAGGGGAGGAAUGGGACUGCCAGGGUCACAAGGGGAACCAGGACCUAAAGGACAACCUGGGGAUACUGGAGAACCAGGUUUUCCAGGAAUUCUGGGAGUUUUUGGACCAAAGGGGCCUCCUGGUGACUUUGGUCCAAAGGGCAUACGAGGACCAAAGGGACCACAGGGUGCAAUGGGCAGAGGAGGAGUCGUUGGCCCUAUGGGAAUUAUUGGUCCCAGUGGAAGCGCAGGUCUAAGAGGGGAUAAAGGCAACCGUGGAGAGACUGGUUUACCAGGACCAAGGGGAUCUCCUGGACCUCGUGGACCCCCUGGACUUCCAGGGCCUCCAGGUGUCCCUCCAUCAUUUAAAGAAGACGGCAUUUUGUUUAUGGAUUCACACACCCCACUCAGGGCUGAGAAUAAACCAGUGAUGGACCUACCGAUGCUGGACCAGGGUGCAGAGAUCUUUAAGACCCUCCACUACCUCAGUAACCUGAUCCAGAGCCUGAAGAACCCACUGGGUACUCGGGACAACCCUGCCCGCAUCUGCAGGGACCUGCACAGCUGUGAACAGAAGUUAAAUGAUGGCACUUAUUGGAUUGACCCCAACCUGGGCUGCUCAUCAGAUACAAUUGAAGUCUCCUGCAAUUUUACUGGAGGUGGACAGACUUGCCUAAAACCAAUAACAGUGUCCAAGCCGACAAUCACUGUUGGUCGUGUCCAAAUGAACUUUCUGCACCUGCUGAGCUCAGAGGCAGUGCAGCACAUCAUCAUUCAUUGCCUGAACGUCUCGGUGUGGAGGUCAGCUGAGGAUCAGCCGGCUGGUCUCCAGUCUGUGAGGUUUAAGGCCUGGAGCGGGGAAAUGCUUGAGGUCGGAGGAGAGCUUGAGCCAGAGGUCAUAGAGGACUCCUGCUGGAUAAAUGAUGGCCGAUGGCAUCAGACCCAUUUUGUAUUCCAUUCCCUGGACCCAGCCCUGCUCCCUGUGGUUGACAUCUACAAUCUCCCAAACACUUCUCCAGGCUCGCAUUACCACCUAGAAGUAGGCCCUGUAUGUUUUCUGUGAGGGCUGCAACGUCAGCCUCCUGAACAUGGAGGAAAGCAUCGUCGACCCCAGAUGACGCCUUCAUGCAGUGUGUGGAGAUAUUGGAGCAGUCUCCACCAAUCAGCGGCCACAAACACUCCCCAAGCCUUUCCCCUGGGAAGCCGUGCUUCAUUUUGCCAAACUCCCAUUGGACUGCACAUACAGAGGGAGGAAGCACGAGGAGCUGGAGGGGUGGACACAGUGGAUGACAAGGAAGAGCUGAGGAGGAGCAGGGGAGUUCUUGCACUAAUAGCUUCUCAACAUGGCAAUAGCUUUUAUAAGCUCUUCAACAAGGAUGUCCACAUGUGCGCCCGCUUGGAGAAAAAAAAAAUAAAACAGGCUAAAUGCCAUACAGUCUCUCUGGAACAUUGCAAAGUGACGGGAGACCAAGGCCAAGUUAAUUUUGCCAGUUAAUCAAUCAGCGGACGUUAUAGUAACUUAUUUUUCUAACUGUAUACAGUCUGUGUACUUUUGUGAAAAUACCAGGAAUUAAUUUCUAUCAGUAGGAAAUUUUUAAGUAAUUGGGAUCAUUUAAAUGUACAUAUAUACAGUAUGUAUGCUUAUUCCUUAACUUUUAUAAAUGUAUAUCUUAUGUAAAGAAUAAUCUUCAAGUGCAAUAGAAAAUGAAGAGAUAAUUUGAUAUUUUAAACUUGCCAGUUUGUGCCAUUUAUUUGCCUUAGGUGGUCCUGCCCGUGUAAAUGUGCUCAUGUGCAGAAAUUGAGCAGGAAUCACACCAGUAGAGACCACGUGGCUUUCACUUACCUCCCUAAUGUGGGAAAAAGCAGCGGUACGAGAUCAGCUAAUCGAAUCACAAAAUUAAAGACGCAAUCUUAUGCACAGAGGCUGUCCACACGGAGAGAGUCAGUGCAUUAAAUAUAUAAUGCUUUUACUUAUUACUCGUACAUUAUUAAAUAUAUCUUACUAAGUACACAAUGAUCGGAUGCCACUGAUAAUUAGGGAGAGUAUUUGCAGCUGUGGAUAUUAGAGGUCAGAGCAAAAAAAAAAAAAGUACAGAGCUCUAGUUCUCAGUAGUGUUGUAUGGAUUUCUUUGCAACUGUGGAG